AUGCGGGGUGGACUUGGGGAGGCCUCCUCCCGGAUUCCGGCCUCAGUGCGGAACUUGAUUCUUUCCGACGCCGCUGGCAAAAAUGUUUGGUUUUGCGGCCCAACUUCACACGAGGUGCUUUCCGUGGACGACCUCCGCGCCCCGCCAAGUCCUGCCGCUGCCUCCGACGCUGAAGCGACAGAGUGGCAGCUUGUUUACGACGUGAUGCGGGUGCGCCAUGGCAGUGUCAUGUUUGAGCGGGAUCAUGUUCAUCGCAUCUACGAGAGUUCUGUGUUUGCGGCCUCUUCGAAGCCCCUCAGCGAUGCGGCGAAGCUGCCGUUUCCUGUUGAAGCUGUGACACAAAACAUCCGCAGUUACAUCCGUGACGAGCAUGAGGGGAAGGAAGACAUAAACCUCAAAUUUUUGGCCUGGCUACCGCCCUGCCCUAACAACUUGGGCGGUGAGGCGGAGUGGCAGAAGUUGUUGUGUGCCAUUCCGUAUACGCUGUACUUUGUCAAGUCCUUCUUUCCUCCGGAGACAUGGUAUACAGAGGGGACCCGACUUUCGCUCUUGUACAACGCCCAGCGACACACACCCAAUGCAAAGAUUGUUCAGGCGCCCCUCCGUUUACGUGCGAAGAAACUCCAGGAGAGCAGCACCGCGUACGAGGUGUUGCUGGUGUGGGAUAAGGCCGCGCACUACCUUGUGCCAGAGGGCUCUCGUUCAAAUUAUCUCCUGGUCACAGAGGACGGUCGUCUGCUCUGCUCACUGGAGAAGGAUAUCCUUUCUGGCAUCACGCUCCGGGCCGUGAAAAGAGCCGCCGCCGCCGCCGGGCUGACGUCCAUCGAACACCGCCCACUGUACGUUGGCGAUCUCUGCACGGCAAGGGCGAUUGCCAUGUUGGGGACAAGCCCUGGCGUCCUUCCAGUGCGGGAGAUUCAAAUGUAUUACGAUGAGGAGAGUAAAAUGAAUUUUAUUUCCGCUCUGGACGACUUCGAGCAGUGCGGGAAGGGGAAAGUGGGAUGUCUGCUGCCGCAAAGAGAGGCUAUUUUGUCUAACGGCGGACGGCUGGCGCUGGACAGUGCCCACAGCAGGACGCUGCAGCAACUACGCGAGGCGUACGAGGCGGAGGCCUUCCGCUGA